AUGGGUUUAUUAAGAUUGGUGCAAGCCAUUCAAAACGGGAAUGUGGAAGAGGCGAAGAAUCAAUUGUUGCAAGGGAAUAAUUUGAAUUUGAAUGAAACAGCUGGUCACAUUUUUGCAACAGAGUUGGGUAUGUAUGAAAAAACUGAAAUGACUAGAGUGACAUUACAUUCUUUAGGAUGUAUGUUUUACAUGUUGUUAAAGUUCGCUCUCCAUGUUACACUUUACUUAGGGAAAAAGUUUGAAGUAUGUAUUGCUCACAUAACAUUCAAAUUCUUGAAAGAAUUCAAUCAGCCUGAUGUAUGUAGACAAGUUUACAAUCAUUUUCCACAAACUUUCCGAUUCCUCACAGGUGGUAUGUUUCAGAGAAUAAUUGAACAAUAUUUAUUCUCACUCUAUCCAGAUUGGAGUAAGUUAGCAUGA